AUGAAGGAAGUUUACAGUAAACUACCGCCAGGCAAUUGGAGGAAGAAUUGCAGUAGUGCACAGUACGAUGUUGGCCAAACUGUUUUCGAGAAUGGUAAAAAACUAUUCGACUAUAGUUAUGACUAUAAUUACAUAAGUAGACAUGCAGGAGAUACUAAAAAACCCCUCUGUGAAAGUUUAAACAAGAAAUUUGAGGAAGCUAAAACAGCAUAUACAUGGUUAUGCAGUCAUUGUGAAACUCAAAGUGAUAAAUAUUGUGACAAAUUUAAGGAAGAAUAUAUACAUAAGGAAAAGUGUAAGAAUACGGAACUCCCAAAAUUAGAAUGUACUACUCCACUACAGGAAGAAGUAGAUGAAGAGGAGCUUGAGGAUCCCUCUUCUGGAUUAGGAGUCACCAAGCAGGACUGUAAUUUGGAAAAUUUACUUCCAAGUACAAAGUACUAUGAGAAAUACAAAGGUGGCAUGACCAGUUGUAAUGGAAGUAGUCAGUGGCCUGAUCGAAUGGAGCAUUUACCAGUUGGGGAACGAGAUAUUGAGGAUUAUGCGGAACAAGCUGCGAAAGCAGUAUGCUGCGUGUUCAAGCAGGUAGGAGAAGAAAAGGAAAGCGAUGAGUAUUGCCCUUACUUAUAUUAUUGGAUAGGGGAUAUAGUAUCUACCUGGGUAAAUGAUAAUUUAUUUCCGGGAGUUAUGAAGCAUAUUUACGAAAAAGUAAAGGCAUAUUCAACUGAUUUUCCCUGUACAAAUGUAUACGAGAAUAUUGACAGUGAACAAUUCAAUCGAAUGAAAAGUGUAUAUGACUACUACAAGGAUUAUGAUACUAUAAAUCAGCAAUUACAAUCCGGUAAUUCCUGUAAAGAUGACAUUGACGAUCACCUGGGGGAUAUUUGUGGAGCAUACAAAUAUAUGGAAGAAGCAUGUAAAAAUGGUCAGAAAAGUAGCCAACAGUGUUGUCAAGACUUCAGAACCUGGUUCAAAGAUCCUCAGUAUAAGGAACUGUUAGGGAAGGGUUGUACUAUGAGUGUUGCGUCUGAAGUUGAAGCUCUGUCCGCAACAGACGGAGGCAUAACCUCCCCAUCUGGGAGCACCAACAUCGCCCUUACUAUUAUACCCACCGCAGUUGCAGCAAUAGGAUUACCAUCGAUCGUUUUCCUCUUAUAUAAAUAUGAUCUUUUACCUUCUGGGAUAAAAAACACCCUUUCCUUUGGAAAAAAUAGCAGCAGCAGUAGACGGAACAGAAGAUCCACUAGUAGGAAUGAAUUCGACACUCUAACUUCAAUGGACGACUCUACCACAGAUACUUCCACCAUAUAUGAUGGAACAGAUUCUAACACAGAAUACUCUGCCCCAUUCAGUACUGCACAUUCCAGAACAAGAAAUAAUAACAGACAACAUAAGAAUAUAGGUUAUCAGAAUAGAUAA